AUUUCAAAUUUAUAACACGAAAAUAUUACAUGAUGUAAUUCCCAUAGAUUACAAAUUUAACACUGGUAUACCAUAAUACACUUCAGGAAGGCAUGCCAUACAGCUUCCAGUACAGCGUCAAGGACGACUACUCCGGCAAUGACUUUGGUCAAAACGAACAGUCUGAUGGAGACACUGUCUCAGGCUCCUACACCGUCCAGCUCCCAGACAGCCGCAAACAGACGGUGAAUUACGUUGCCAAGGACGACUACGGGUAUCAGGCCGAGGUCAGGUAUGAGGGCGAGCCCCAGUACCCCCACGAGUACGGUCCCCCCAUCACCUUCAAGCCCCAGUACCAGCCUUCAUACUAUCCCCAGCCCUCAUACCAGCAUCAGUCUUCAUACAAGCCCCAACCCUCAUAUUCAUCCCAGCCCUCAUACCCAUCCCAGUCUUCAUACAAACCCCAACCCUUAUACAAGACCCAGUCGCUAUACCCAACCCAGCCCUCAUACCCAACGAAGCCUUCAUACCAACCCCAGCCCUCAUACCCAACGAAGCCUUCAUACCAAUCCCAGCCCUCAUACCCAACAAAGCCUUCAUACCAACCCCAGCCCUCAUACCCAACAAAGCCUUCAUACCCAACGAAGCCUUCAUACCAACCCCAGCCCUCAUACCCAACAAAGCCUUCAUACCAACCCCAGCCCUCAUACCCAACAAAGCCUUCAUACCAACCCCAGCCCUCAUACCCAACAAAGCCUUCAUACCAACCCCAGCCCUCAUACCCAACAAAGCCUUCAUACCAAUCCCAGCCCUCAUACCCAACAAAGCCUUCAUACCAACCCCAGCCCUCAUACCCAACAAAGCCUUCAUACCCAACGAAGCCUUCAUACCAACCCCAGCCCUCAUACCCAACAAAGCCUUCAUACCAACCCCAGCCCUCAUACCCAACAAAGCCUUCAUACCAACCCCAGCCCUCAUACGCAACAAAGCCUUCAUACCAACCCCAGCUCUCAUAUGAAUCUGAGGAAUUGGAACUAUUAAUUCAGGAAAAUCAAGAAGUUUACAGAACUUUUACAAUAUUAAAGCUGAACGAGGGCAUGCCAUACAACUUCCAGUACGGCGUCAAGGACGACUACUCCGGCAAUGACUUUGGGCAAAACGAACAGUCCGACGGAGACACUGUUUCAGGCUCCUACACCGUCCAGCUUCCAGACGGCCGCAAACAGACGGUAAAUUAUGUUGCCGAGGACGACGACGGGUAUAAGGCUGAGGUCAGCACCUCCGGCAAGGAGCAGCAAGAGUCUGACUCCGUACAUCUUGACUGUACAACAAUUGCACUGGACAAGGUACCUUGGACCACAGGCUUCUGCAACAGCAUCGCCGUCAUAUCCGUUUUUGAGGUACCUGUUCGUAGCGUGGGUUAUGUCCUGGUGGAGCGUAGCGAUCAUAAUCGUCUGCGAGAGCCUCCCCCACCAUCACCACCACCACCACCACUUGCUCCCUGUGGUCCUCCUCCCACAGUGCCGACCCCUCCACUUAUCUCUGUCAAGGUCGACCUUCACUAUCACUAUAUAAGCUUUACCAACAUCCUCUCCACAUCACUCACUCCUUCGCCUCUACAACAAGUAGUCAACAUGAUCGCGAAGGUGGUGGUGAUGGUGAUGAUGGGGGAGGCUCUCGCUGACGAUUAUGAUCGCUACGCUCCACCAGGACAUCACCCACGCUACGAACAGAAUUUAACGCUGGUGCACAACAUUACACUUCAGGAGGGCAUGCCAUACAACUUCCAGUACGGCGUCAAGGACGACUACUCCGGCAAUGACUUUGACCAAAACGAACAGUCCGACGGAGACACUGUCUCAGGCUCGUACACCGUCCAGCUCCCAGACGGCCGCAAACAGACGGUAAAUUAUGUUGCCGAGGACGACGACGGGUAUAAGGCUGAGGUCAGUUAUGAGGGAGAAGCCCAGUACCCCCACGAGUAUGGUCCAGCAAUCACAUUUAAACCCCAGUACCAGCCCUCAUAUUACCCCCAGCCCUCAUACAAACCCCAGCCCUCGUACAAACCCCUGCCCUCGUACCAGCCCCAGCCUUCAUACAAGCCCCAGUCCUCGUACCAGCCCCAGCCCUCGUACCAGCUCCAGCCCUCGUACCAGCCCCAGCCCUCGUACCAGCCCCAGCCCUCGUACCAGCCCCAGCCCUCGUACAAGCCCCAGCCCUCGUACAAGCCCCAGCCCUCGUACCAGCCCCAGCCCUCGUACAAGCCCCAGCCCUCGUACAAGCCCCAGCCCUCGUACCAGCCCCAGCCCUCGUACAAGCCCCAGCCCUCGUACAAGCCCCAGCCCUCGUACCAGCCCCAGCCCUCGUACAAGCCCCAGCCCUCGUACAAGCCCCAGCCCUCGUACAAGCCCCAGCCCUCGUACAAGCCCCAGCCCUCUUACGAGUCUGACGAAUCUUACCCGUGA